GUCUGAUGGUGGAAACGUUCUACUGAGUUCCUCGACUAUAAAAUAGCGCCCUACCGAUUAGCAGGAACGUAGCAAUGGACAUUUUUCAAAGGAGUUUACUAGUGAAGUAUUGCUCCAUAGCUUCUGCGGCUAACGUUGUACCUGUUUUGGCAUGUAAUACUCGGUCCCAAGGGUUUUGUUGGGACAACAUGGACAGCGGUUAAAACUUGCCUCCCCUUCUGCCUGCUAUUCGUUUCCCCUGAUACACUGGAGCCUACAGCUCCACCUAGUGACCAAACGGGGAACACUUAACAUUUUUUGUUUGAACGAACACAUUUCAGUUUCAGCUUGAACGUCACUCAAUACCACAGAAGAGAAGGGUACAUGCCCACUUGGAUAUUUUCCCUGUGGCAAUCUGACAGUCUGCCUCCCACAGCUCCUGCACUGCAACGGCAUUGAUGACUGUGGAAACCAGGCAGACGAGGAGAACUGCGAACAAGAUCUUAGAAAAAAGCACUAACACUGAAUGUUCCUGAGACUGAAACAAGCAGCUGGAUGACAGGAAAGACGUGGGUGUUAAUAAAACAAGAUGAAAGAAAGAGGAGACAACAAUGGAUGGCCACACCUUUUUGACAAAUAUUUUGGCAUGCCGAGUCAUAAUACCAGGACCAAGUCCAACAUAUGCUUGCUGGGCGUCGUUCCUGAGCUCUGCCAGUGCCGAGACCUGGAGCUGGACUGUGACAGCGCUCAGCUCCGAGAGAUCCCCGUAGUGGCGAUAAAUGUCACCGUUAUGUCCUUACAAAGAAACAGACUUCACAGACUGAAAGCAAAAGGAUUCUUUAACUACCAAAGCCUACAGAAACUAUAUCUACAGCACAACAAUAUUCAAGAUGUGAAUCCUGAUGCAUUCAGAGGACUUCAUAAUCUAACAAGACUGUACCUGAGUUACAACAAGAUAAUAGUAUUGAUGCCAGGUGUGUUCAAGGACCUGCACAAGCUGGAGUGGCUGAUCCUGGAAAACAAUAAUAUCCAUCAGAUAUCUGCCAUGACAUUUUCAGGACUGAACUCUCUUGUUUUACUGGUUUUGUUGAACAACUCCCUGACAAAGUUGGAUGACAUCUGCCAAGAAAUGCCCAGACUGAACUGGCUGGACUUGGAGGGAAAUCUAAUUGAAAAAAUUGGAAAUGCUUCUCUCCAUUCAUGCACCGUGUUGACAGUUCUGGUGUUGCAGCGAAACAGGAUCAGCUACAUACACGAACAAGCAUUCUCAGUCCUCCAAAAGCUCGGAGAAUUGGAUCUGUCCAACAACAGACUGGUGGCCAUACCUCCCAAUCUAUUUGUCUUACUGGAGGAUUUGCUCCAGCUAAACAUAUCCUACAAUCCCAUCGUGGAGCUUCAACUGGAUCACUUUGACAAGUUACAUAAACUGAAGUCUUUGAGCAUAGAGGGAAUAGAAAUUGAUAACAUACAGCGAAGGAUGUUUGAACCUCUCAGAUACUUGACUCACAUCUAUUUCAAGAAAUUCCAGUACUGUGGCUAUGCCCCUCACGUGCGCAGCUGCAAGCCCAACACAGAUGGCAUCUCAUCUUUUGAGGACCUGCUGGCCAACAUCGUCCUGAGGGUUUUUGUCUGGGUUGUCUCUGCCACCACAUGCUUUGGCAACAUCUUUGUCAUCUGCAUGCGCUCGUAUAUCCGCUCUGAGAACAAACUCCAUGCCAUGUGCAUCAUCUCCCUCUGCUGUGCUGAUGGCCUGAUGGGUGUUUAUCUCUUCAUGAUUGGUGCGUAUGACCUGAAGUUUCGUGGUGAAUAUAAUCGUCAUGCUCAAGCCUGGAUGGACAGCACUCAGUGUCAGGUCAUUGGCUCUUUGGCUAUGCUGUCUACUGAAGUGUCUGUGCUGCUCCUCACAUAUCUCACCUUGGAGAAGUACAUCUGUAUCGUGUACCCUUUCCACUACCUGACUCCCGGCUGGCGGCGGACUGUCAGUAUCCUGUUCGGGAUAUGGGUGUUUGGAUUUGUUAUUGCCUUCUUGCCUCUGGCCUGCAAGGGUUUGUUUCGCAACUUUUAUGGCACCAAUGGGGUCUGCUUCCCUUUGCACUCGGAACAGCCAGAGACGCCCUGGGCUCAUGUGUACUCCAUUGUUAUUUUUCUUGGUCUCAACUUGGUGGCAUUCCUCAUAAUUGUCUUCUCCUAUGCAAGCAUGUUCUAUAACAUCCAGAGAACAGGCACUCAGACCACCAAGUACAGCAACCACAUAAAAAAAGAGGUGACCAUCGCCAAGCGGUUCUUCUCUAUCGUCAUCACUGAUUCCCUCUGCUGGAUUCCCAUUUUUGUUCUCAAGAUCCUUUCACUGCUGCAAGUGGAAAUUCCCGGUACCAUCAGUUCCUGGGUUGUCAUCUUUAUACUCCCCAUCAACAGUGCCCUGAAUCCCAUCCUCUACACACUAACCACGCGGCCUUUCAAAGAAACAAUCCUCCAGGUGUGGGCAAACUACAGACAGAAAAGACCUCUGCUCAGCGGUCACCCGCCACAUCAUCCGUCGCUCACGUGGCAGGAAAUGUGGCCCCUCCAGGAAAACAGCCACGGCGUCUCCCCAGGGACGCUGGAGACGAAAGACACAGCAGCAAAACUUACCCCUGUGGAGAAUCCAGAUGAAGGAUACAAUGACUUUAAUGUGAGUACGAAACAACAACAGCAGAAGCAGCAUGCCGUGUUAUCGGUGUGCUCACAGAAUAAGACGGUACCCCAAACACUCACUCAUAUUCAUACGUUCACACAAACAAAUGACCUCCUCUAAGUGACUAAGAAUUGAUCUGUUUGUAUCUGUAUAAUUCUCCUCAACCACAUUAACAUUUCAGAUUCAGUCAUCUAAACUCUUUUAGUUAUUUCCUUAACAGUGGAACUUAGUCCACAAUCUGUGCACAGAUUUCUCAUUUAAAGUGAAAAACAUCCCAGUAGUAUUCAUGAGGCUUAGCAGUAAACACAGUCAUCAAAGAUUUACAACUACCUUGUUAAACAUUUUACUCUGCAUUUUCUCUAGAACUCACCUCACUUACAAAUCAAAGAUGAAGACUUCUGAAUUACAAGUUUGUUUUUUUUAAAUACAAGUUACAUUCAUUUCUGUGAAUGAGAAUGUCAUUAAAAAAGUUUAUUUAUCUCAGCAAUUUAAUACAAGUCAUACAAAUUAAUCAGUGUAAUUCAAGCAAUAUUUUAAUACUAUUUAUUUAAUCAUUCCUUACAGCUAAUAAUAAUCCAAAAUGCAGUUUCUGAGAAAGUCACUCGACACCAAUAAAAACAAAAGGAUUUUUAAUACAUUAUCUAAUGUUACAGGCAAAAAAUAAUGAAGAACAUUUGUCCUUGACAUUUGCCCAGCAGAUAGUGUUGACUUCUUUCACAAGGAUAAGCUGCUAAAUGUCAUCGCUAAUAAAGCUAGCUUUUUACUACAUGCUGAAUAUAAGCAAAUUAAUGCAAAAGGAACCUCAACCAAGCAUUGUGUGUAUAAACUCUACAGUACAUGAACAUACUUUUCAAUUAUCCAACUUAAAAUGUUUAUUUAAACAUGCAGGACAUUGAUACAGAGGAUUAUGGAGAAUUGGAACAGCGGAGGUAAAAGGGACUUAGUUUCAUAUUAGUUGCUUCCCAAAACUGCUUAUUCCCCAGAGUCCUUCUAAAAAUUCAAAUAUUUUUACAAUUAAAUGGGAGAAAUGGUGAGCUCAUUACAGCAGUUUGGUAGGAAUCAUUAUCGCACCAUAUUCCAACUAAAUAAAGUGGCUGGUUAUGAUGCCAGUGAUGCAUUGAGUCUCUGUGUAAUGGCUUAAAGGCCUCACAGAAGCGUUUCUGUUUGUUGUCGCUGUGCUUUGCUGUAUAACAGAUUAGUGAUUCAGAAGUAGCUCCCUUUCCCUGCUGUGGCCUCUGGUUCUGGUAGCGCAGCUUUUGUUGACUGCAGCAGCGCACAGAUAGAGAGAUGUGUAGCAGAAUAAUUAGGCUGUUAAGAUGCUUUCUGUUUCAUUAUCUAUUCCUAUGGGUUCUUGACUUGAAAAAAGAAAGAAAAAGGAAUAAGAGUAAUAAUAAAAAUGUGCCUCGGUUUCUCUUAACAUCUAGUCGAGAUGUCUCGCCGUCUCAUGAACAUAAAGUCUGAGUUUCUUUAUUUAAUUUCCAGCCGGUUAAACUCAGACAGAAUGUUCUCCAUCUCUAUGUCUCCAUCUUUGUUUUGAUAUUUCUUUAUUCUCAUUUAUCUUCUGAAUCCAAACAUUUGCACCCAACACCCAAACUAAGUCUACAAGAUACACAUUUACUGUCUGAGGUUGAAUAGCUGUUCCACCAGUUAGGGUACCUGCAGUGAUCCCUGUCACUGCUGACAACACCAACAUGUAGACUCAUGAGUAUCAGAACUGGAUUAUGGAGCAAUGAAAGAUGAUGUCCUGGUCUGAAGAAUCAUGUUUUCUCAUCAUCAGCCAUCAGAGGAGACUUUGGUGUCUCAUUCAGGCACUGGAACAUCAAGCGUGUUUUAUCUGGCAGUGGCUGUAUGCUGCGUUUUGGGGAACUUGUAGUCAAAUAAAAUUUUUAAAGUAUGUAAUGCUGAGAGACCUCUGGUGAUGCAAAACAUGUGUUUCCAUUUUAUUUCAGUACAGUUGAAAAAACAAACAAGCAAACAAACAAAAAAAACACUUCAGGCUAGUGCAAAAAUCUUUUUUUUUCAAUUUGCCAUAUUUCCACUAAAGCAAAUUUCUUUUCAGAAUUCCAAUUUGUGCAAUUUUAAUGUCAAUGGCCACUAGUACUGCCUGCUUUGUCCAGGUUAUACUAAAGCAUUUGUGAUAGCAUCAACUCCCAAAGAUGGUCAUGCUAUGCCUAAUUGAUGUAGAAAAAUCCAUUUUAUGAACUGACAUUUUAAGCUUCUGCAGCUGACAAGGCCAUUGCCAGACUUUAAUAAUUAGUUCUGUAAAACCUGUCCCAUGAGAUUUCCCUCCAUUAGGUUAAGCACUCAGACAGAGAAGUUACACACUUCAGGAUUAUUGUAACAUGCUCCAAUUACAUCCACUGCCUCAGUCUUGGGUAAAAAUGGAAGUAAGAUGAAGUGAUGCUAAAUUUUAAACCCUUCUGUUUAUCUAAAAUAAGUUUCCUGGAGACACAGAGGAGGAUUUGUUGGUGUGAAUGUGAGAAGCAUACAAAUACGCCGAUGUUUAGCUUUAAGGCAACCCGUGUGAUUAUUCCAAGGAUGUACAUGUGCCACUGCUUUUCAUGCACAAGUGGGUCCCUUUCACAUCAGCAGAGUUUAUGUUGCUCCACAAGUGGGUUUAUGAAUCAUUGUGGAUGUAAAAAAUCCAUUUAUUUUCAUAGAUGUUCAUUUUUUCUGCCGUCAUUUUUGGCUGCACUCAAUUUCUUCAAGAUGGGACAUUUCCCGUAUAUUCACUGAUGUAAAAAUGGACCUGUUUUUUCUCGCUGUGUGUGGAAACACUUUUUCUGCUCCCAGCAGGAAGCCUGAGCAAAACGGCCACCCUGGCUUCACACACAUGAAAGGUCACCUGCAGAGGAAUUACAGCAGAUGGAUUUUCAGUGUCAUUAAUAUACAAAGUUCCUUAAAGCAGGGCAGCUAAAUUUGUUUGCUGGAAGAGCCACUGUGAUGGCAGCUAUAUUCCACCUGCUGUUAUCUAACAUAAAAUAUAUAAAUAUAGAAAUAAUCUGCUGAAUGGAUGACAUUUUUGCUGCCUUGGGUUGCUACAUGUCUGCUGCAUUCUUAUUUUAUGUAGCUACACUACAGAAUGGAUUUGGUAAUUGCAAAGGUACUGGAUUGUUUUACAUACAUUUACUCUAAACAGAAUUGACUUUUUGUCCUGGAGAUAGAAAGUGUUGAUUUCAGUCUUCCAUCGAAACAUUUAAUGUAGCAACAGCCCAAGGUUGACAUUCCUGACUUUUCCUGAAACAUUUUGAGAAUAACACAUUCUCCACACCUGUGCUGAUGAUUGAAAAAACCUCAGUGCCAUCCGCACAGCUGAAGGCUCUUGACCGUCUAAGUCUGUGCUUUUAACUGUUCAUCUUCCAUUUCAAACCUGUCAGAUACUCUGAGAGCGGUUCUGACAGCUCCUGCUCAUGAGCUGAAUACAUGGAGGAAAAAUCAGAAAGGCCUUUCAUUUGUCCAUGCACAAUCCAAUUAACAGAGCAAUCAAAAUUAGCUGAUUUAUUGAUUCUAAACUUUUAAAAGAAAUGAAUAAGUGAACAUCUUAAAAUAUCGUCACCCUGUUUCAUUUCUAGGCUUUUGUAUCUGAAUAAAAUUAAUCUGCUCGCCAGUUUCUAAAUGUAUCAUCUACCAUCAAGUAUGGAAAAAAAUGUGAACGAAAUUCCUCUCUGUCAUUAUUUAUGAACCAUAAAGCCAAAAUGAAAAAGUUAUGUGUGAAAAACUUGCGCCCCAUGGUUUAAAAAACUACUUAUAAAACUACCUUAAGCAUCAAAAAGUCAGAAACACUUUUAAUUUAUGACUUUUACACUUUCUUAUAAUAUAUUAGAUGGAAUCUAUUGAUUUUCUUUAUAAUGUUACUAAAAUCCACUGAAGUUUGCAAACAUUUGAUUCUGUACAGCUUCUUUUAGAUUCCACAGUUCCUCAGUUGUUUUCAGUCUUUCAUGGUCAUGUUUGCUUUUUUUAUUGAGAUUAUUCUCCUGUUUCAUGACUGCAUUUCAGCCAAACCUCAAAUGUUGAAGAGACAUUGGCCUCACAUUUGACCCAUACAGUGGAGAUCCUAGUCAGCUCAGGCCCUGUCCACACUAAUCAGUAUUUUGGGUUAAAUUUUAAAAAAUGUCUUUGUUUAGCUCUUCUGUCUGCACAUAACCAGAAUUAAACCAUAAACUCUUUUUGCGGUAUGAGCCGUUCUGUGUCUGAUAACCUGAGCAGGGAGAACUCCGGCUCUCUCCCCAUGACGGAUAGAGACAGGCAGAAUCUGCCCCGUGAUCCUGCAUGUUUAUGAUGCAUACACCUAUUCAAAAGCAUGACAUAGAGGCCAAUUUAGCUCAAGCCUGGUCUUGCUUUCUCUGCUAAAAAUCACAACAGUGUUUUAGGUUAUCUUCCCACUUCUGUUUUGCUUAGGCCUGACUGUUUAUUUGAAUGAAAAGUGAAUGACUGAGAGGAAAACAUGGAAGAGAGCCAAGGAAAAGACAACACAUAUGUUGCAGAAGAGUCCAUAGUUCAUCUCUGAUUUUAUCUAUCCCCAGGAUCUUCUUCAUUUUGAAUUAAACGCAGUUAAUGAGGACAUUAUUGCUCUCCGACUCAGUUUAGGUAUUAAUGCCAUACCUUAGAUAUAGAAAAACUAUGACUGUAAGCACUCAUGAAAGGGUUUCAAGUCCCUGGGCCUGCCCCUUCUAGCCCAUUACGUCAAGUGCCUCAUCAACCCACCAUGCAACGAGUAUGUAAUGAUACUGACAACUUCCUUACAGAUACAUUCAGACCUUAAUUACAAUGGAAUAUUGCUAUUUAACUGCAUUGGAGGACAAUCAAACAAUCAAUUAAAAAUCUAAAGUUUCUCCUAAACUUCUCAAGAUAUUCCUAAAGAAAAAGGAGGAUCUGCAGUUAUCAUGUUCUAAGACAAAUGACUUUUUAAAAAUGAAAAUAAUUCUAAUUUUUAAAGAAAAGAAAUCAUUCAAUCUUAGCUCACUAAUACAUUCUGCGUUCAAAAAUUCUCAAAAUAUUCUCAGAGGGCCUUGUCUAUCUACGACAAAGCAAAGAAAAUAUUGCUCUGAAAUUGUUGUGGUUCACUUAAAUGUAACUUUGCAAACAUAACUGGUGCUGCCGCAGUAUUUUAAAAGAAGAGAGAUGCUUUGCCUAAGCUAUUUUCAAAAAGUCAAGCAUAUUUUUUAUGGGACAUUCACUCCUGGAAAGGUUAGCAACUGUAUGUUUCUGCUUGUGAGUAACCUUUUACUGUAUUAUGACAUUCUAGUAGUUUAGAAAUACCUUUAAAACCUUUCCCAGAUUGAUAGGAAUCAGGAACGGCUCCACUAAGAUGCUUGCUGAUGUUUUUCUAUAUUACCUGUUUGCUCCAGAAUAGUAAAAGUUCUGCUCUAAUCAAAGUGGUUACACGUCCUGAUGAUCAAUUAAUAAACUGGCUGCAACUUUCUUUUAAAAUGUCAGAAGUAGAAAUAUAUUUAUAUUUAUUUUAUUUUGGUAUUAUCUUUGUUUAAUAAGAAAUUUGACGAUGGAAUCGUACAUUUGAAAUCACAGUUAAUUAAUUUCAGAACCUUUAAAGAUCAGAUCAUUUGUGUGUCCUGAUAAUAAAAACUCCCGAACCUGAAAACGGCGGCUGCUCUGUUUUCUCUACCAUGACUGAAUUAUAUUUACAUCAUUAGUCAGAUUUGCACUGAGUUUUAUAAAUACUGUUUUAUCCAGUACUUAUAUUAUUUUUCUACCUAAUCCUGCAGAAACACACUAUGAAAGAAUUAAUCUAGAGCUCACAUUUACCCAAAACCUGACAAAAAAAUAAUUUACACCUCUUCCAAUUCUGCUCAGCAUACAUGCACACUUAUAGUGUCCAAACACUGAUAUACUAUGGUUAUUAUUGUUUUUAUUUGGAGUGGAACUUAUCAGUCAAUAUGAAAUCAUAUCUUCACAUGUUGACCAUGCAUUUUAUAUUUAGGUCAGCAAGCCAUCCAAAGACAGUAAUAACAACACACCUCUACCAGGGUGAGAAUAAAGAAUCUCAUUACUUUCUAUCCUGCAUCUCUGUUGGGUGUUAUAAAUAAAACAAAAAUCACAGCAGUUUGUGUUCAUCUGCUGCUGUUCAUUGUUUACCUUUAAAGCUGGGUCAAACAGGCAGAUAUACUGAAAACUGGUAGGAAAAUCAAAGCGCAUCUCCCUUAAUAACGAGCAUUCUAAAAAUGUUAUCUGUGGCAUCAAAAAAAUGAAGAAAACUGGGAUUUUUAAGGAAUGUUGUGCUUUUGUCUGAUUCCCAAUGUAUUUGGCACACUUUUAAUGCAAAAACCUUCUUUUUUUUUCUUAUACGUUUCACACAUUUUGUACUGUAUAUAUGAACAGAAUCUGUCCUUUUAGUUUUUGCUGUUUUUUCAUGUUUUUUAUGGCUGUCUCAGUGUUAUAAAUAAUCAUAACUACAGAUGUUCAUUCUGUUACAAACAAAUGUUUAGAAAUUGCAAGUGGAUAUGUGUCAAUGAUUCAUUAAAACAUUAUGCUUAGUUUGACGAUUAGAUUCUUGUCCAAUCAGUCUCUGAAAAGUACUAUCAAACAACUGAAAGGGUGAAUCACUCAAUCAAGUUCCCUUUUCAGAAUGAACAGGCUCUCCACAACACAUUUCAUUCUCAAUUUUAGAGAAAUAAGCAAAACAUUUCAAAGACUUUCUGAAAAAAUAAUCAAUGCAGCCAUUUCUAAUAUUUUAUGCUCUGUUUGCAGAAAGCUUUGUUUCUCCUUUCAUGCUAUUAAUUACUGGAAGUAUUUUCCUGAAUGUAAUAUAACAGUCUCUGUGUGUUCAACAAGGAAUGUAUUUAUUUUGGACAGGAUUGAAAUUAAUAAGUUUUAUGUGUCAGUUAUUGCAACACAGGAAGCAUUUUUUUACAUCCUGUUAAGAUAAACCCCCGGCUGGUCUGGGGGUUCGGACCUCAUCUCACAAACCCUAACAUCACAACACAAUUUUUACACUGUGAAGUACCAUACUGGCAUUUGUAAAAUAACUAGUGCUGUACAAUAAAAUGCAGUUGUGAACUCCUAAA